AUGAAGGGACUCCUACAGAGCAUCAUUCCAACUGUGUUUAUAACCCAUGUAAUAUAUGCAGAAAGCAAAGUCCAGUUGAAAAGUCCAGCAAAACACCUGCCAACUCAGCCAGAGAAAGGAUGGAAAAAGGCAUUAGCAGAUUUUUUGAAAGGAUUACCAGUUUACAACAAAAGCAACUUCAGUAGAUUUCAUGCAGACUCUGUAUGUAAAGCAUCGAACAGAAGACCGUCAGUAUAUCUUCCCACAAGGGAAUAUCCAUCUGAACAAAUCAUAGUAACAGAAAAGACAAACAUACUUUUGCGUUAUCUACAUCAGCAAUGGGACAAAAAGAAUGCAGCAAAGAAGAGAGAUCAAGAGCAAGUGGAAAUAGAAGGUGAGAAUUCGGCACCACCACGGAAAAUUGCUCGGACAGACAGCCAGGACAUGAAUGAGGACACUUAAACUCUUGCUCUCUCCUACACUAUUUUGCAGGCGCUUCCUGUUUUGUCUCAAAAUGUGUAAAUUUCCGUGCCCCUUCCCCCCCCCCCUCCACUAUGCAGCCCAAACCACUUCUGACUUCAUAGGAGCCAAUGUAUUUAUUUUUUCUCCAGUUUUUAUUUAUGCUGUAAAACGUACGGAGCAAUCGAUGGUGGAACAAGUCAGCAAAUGAUGUAGUGUAACUUUAAUCCUUUUUAAAAAAACAUACAUUAUCACUUUUCCAGAUUUCGUUAAAUCUGUUGUUUAAUUAACCCAGUUUGCCAUGGAAGCCUGGAGAGGAGACAUGAAUUUACGGCAUGCAAAUUCCAGUGGUAUAGGCUUUCUGAUCCAUAUACCCACUGGUAUAUUACAGUAGUCAACUCUGUAUUGGCUGUAACCAGUCUAGCAGUAAUUUUGGGGGGGCCUCAUCCACUCUGAAAUGUGGAUCCUAAAAUCAGCACUGUACUAAGAAAUCCUGGGGGUCAUUUAGGGUUAUGCUGAUUUUAUGAAACGUGGUCAAUUUGAUAGAACAGUUGUGGGUUUUUUGUUCAGCAGCAUAUGUUGUCACACGCAUCAAUGGUCAUGGAGAAUUCAAGUGACAGGUGUGUUGCUUUGGUUGCUCUUACAUUUUAACAGCCUUUUGGUCUUGAAUGGACUGGUAUGUGCAACUUCUCCAUUGGAAUAAAAAGAAUACUUCU